CCGAGAGUGUUUUGUUUUAUUACUAACUUAAUAUUCUACACUCUAGAACAGUGUAUACAGUAUUUCUAUUUCAAUAUAAUAUCAGAUAAAAUAUUAUUAUUAUCCUGCUGCAAUGGAAUCAGAGGGAGAAGAGUGUGGAAGCCACAGAGGAUCCAGCCCAGUCAAGGAUGGUCAAGGUCGAGACAACUCAAGGUCAAUGCCUCAUUCACAACAUCAAGGAACAGACAUGGACAACUGUGAUUGGCCAAUCCAUGAACCAGAUCAACAUCAAGUCAUCAAUGAAGUAAGGUAUCACAUCCAACUCAAUGUUGAUAAUCAGAAACAAAGUGUAUACUUGGACAACAAUUACUCAAAACAUCCAAUUGAUAUUCGGUUAAAACCAGAGGAACUAGUUGAAGAAGGAGAGCAAAAACUCAAGGUAGAAGUUGAAGUGAGAAGUGGAGAAAUAAAGCAAGAGAGUGACACCUGUUUGCGGAUUGAAAGCAUCUAUUCUCUUUCCUCAGAUAGGCCUAGACUAAACUUUGACUCCUCUGUAAUUGAACAAAUAAAAUUUGAAACUGGAGAAAUAAAGGAGGAACACACAUCCUUUGAAACAGAUCAUUCACAUGCAUUGAUGCAAAUCAAAGGUUUUUCUUCUGAUGCAGUAUCUGAACAUUAUGGAAGUGAGAAUGUGUCAUCUGUAGUGGGUCGACCAUUGUUUGAGGAACAGGGAGGUUCAAGCUUCCAUAGGUCUAUUGAUGCAACUCCUGGAAACACUAUGAUGAAAGAUUCUGAAGAAGAUUGCAAUGAGGUGGACUUACUAAUCGAAAAUGCAAGGAAGAAUGUGAUUCAUGCAGAAAGUGAUAGUGAAUCAACAAAGUGUCAGUUGAGUGGUGAAGAAUUCAACAGCACAAGAGAAAUAAAUCUUCAUUAUAGAAAACACAUAGGUGGAAAACAUGCUUGCAAAUUCUGUGAUUAUAAAACAACAAAGAAAUCAAAUCUUGUCAUUCAUCUAAGGACACACACAGGAAAAAGACCCUUCAGCUGUGAUUUAUGUGAUUACAAAGCAACACAGAAAUCAGAUCUCAUCAAUCAUCUAAGGACACACACGGGAGAAAGACCUUUCAGCUGUGAGUUCUGUGACUACAGAGCAAAACGUAAAUCAUAUCUCAUCACUCAUCUAAUGACACACACAGGAGAAAGACCUUUCAGCUGUGAGUUCUGUGACUACAGAGCAAAACGUAAAUCAAAUCUCAUGACUCAUCUAAUGACACACACAGGAGAAAGACCUUUCAGCUGUGAUUUAUGUGAUUUCAAAUCAGCAUGUAAAUCAAAUCUCAUCACUCAUCUAAGGACACACACAGGAAAAAGACCCUUCAGCUGUGAUUUAUGUGAUUACAAAGCAACACAGAAAUCAGAUCUCAUCAUUCAUCUAAGGACACACACAGGAGAAAGACCUUUCAGCUGUGAUUUAUGUGAUUACAAAGCAGCAUGUAAAUCAAAUCUCAUCUCUCAUCUAAGGACACACACAAGAAAAAGACCCUUCAGCUGUGAUUUAUGUGAUUACAAAGCAGCAUGUAAAUCAAAUCUCAUCUCUCAUCUAAGGACACACACAGGAAAAAGACCUUUCAGCUGUGAUUUAUGUGAUUACAAAGCAACACAGAAAUCAGAUCUCAUCAAUCAUCUAAGGACACACACGGGAGAAAGACCUUUCAGCUGUGAGUUCUGUGACUACAGAGCAAAACGUAAAUCAUAUCUCAUCACUCAUCUAAUGACACACACAGGAGAAAGACCUUUCAGCUGUGAGUUCUGUGACUACAGAGCAAAACGUAAAUCAAAUCUCAUGACUCAUCUAAUGACACACACAGGAGAAAGACCUUUCAGCUGUGAUUUAUGUGAUUUCAAAUCAGCAUGUAAAUCAAAUCUCAUCACUCAUCUAAGGACACACACAGGAAAAAGACCCUUCAGCUGUGAUUUUUGUGAUUACAAAGCAACACAGAAAUCAGAUCUCAUCAUUCAUCUAAGGACACACACAGGAGAAAGACCUUUCAGCUGUGAUUUAUGUGAUUACAAAGCAGCAUGUAAAUCAAAUCUCAUCUCUCAUCUAAGGACACACACAAGAAAAAGACCCUUCAGCUGUGAUUUAUGUGAUUACAAAGCAGCAUGUAAAUCAAAUCUCAUCUCUCAUCUAAGGACACACACAGGAAAAAGACCUUUCAGCUGUGAUUUAUGUGAUUACAGAGCAAAACGUAAAUCAUAUCUCAUAAUUCAUCUAAGGACACACACGGGAGAAAGACCUUUCAGCUGUGAGUUAUGUGACUACAGAGCAAAACGUAAAUCAGAUCUCAUCACUCAUCUAAUGACACACACAGGAGAAAGACCCUUCAGCUGUGAUUUAUGUGAUUACAAAGCAGCAAGGAAAUCAAUGCUUACUAGACAUCUGAAUACACACAAUGUAGAAAGAUCUUUUAGCUGAUAUCUUUGUGAUUACAAAUCAAAUCUCGUCACUAAUCUAAGGACACACACAGGAGAAAGAUCCUGAUCAUAGUUGAAUGGCAUUGCCCCUUUCUCUCUUUAUCUGUCUGUCAUUGUCUACCAUGUGGCUAGCUUUACUCCUACCACAGCUGCACAAAACAAUUCUGUGGUAUUCAUAGAAAACCAGACACUUUCAUUUUUCAGUCAUGAAAUUCUUCUUCUGUCAAUAUCAUUGAAAUAUGCACUGUCAUAACAGUGAUGUUCAGGCUACUUCUGCUCUUUUAAAUUUUACAUUUAUCUCCUGUCAUUGUUCCUUCUAAAGUUUAGUUUUUUCAAUUAAUACAGUAUUCUCCAGUUAUCAGAUUUGAUUCGUGAUUUUUUUGGUGGUUUGGUUUUCAACUCAUCUAAAUUCUGGUUUUCUAGUUUAUAUAAUCAUAUAUUUAGGACCAAAGAUUGAACAAAACUUAUGGAGUGAUAAAGACAUCCUCCUUUGUACUGUUUCUAUGACAAUUUGAGAAAGGAACUGUUUUGGAUAAGAUAUAAAUUUCCAAUAAUAAUACCUCUAUUAUAUAAUGCUUCAAAUUAUACAUUUCAAUUUAUUCUUUCUUGUUCUAUUCCUGACAUGUUUGACUUUAUUCACAUUCAUAAGUUUAUUCAUUCAUUUGUUUCUGUAUUGUGAUUUUUAUAUUGAGGAUGUACUUUGAUACUUAAUAGCUGUUAGCCCUCAAACUUUAGUUCCACAGGCAGCUCCUUAUGUGUUAUUUCGAUUUACCAAGUUACUUGUUUGAGGAUUGAUUGUUAUUUUGCUGAACUUUGUAUUAUGUAUUAUUAUUUUUAUUAUCAAAGCGAAAUAAAAUUUUAUUUGAUUUAUAGUUGAUCCAAGGUA